AGUUGGACUAGAGCAUAGCCCGUAGUCUGAAGUCUUUGGGAUCGGCGCUAUCUCUGAGAAAAGGUUUCUGAGCGGGAACUCAAGCGUGGCCAUUUUUCUGAGGUGUGCGAGUGACAAAGUGUGGCCGAACUGGGCGCUUCAAGCUGAGGAGGACACUACCUCCUCAGCACAACCACAGAACCCUUCUCCAGAGUCCUCAGGAAGGAGGAAGCACCAUUGCUUACCCAGUUUCCAGAAGCCAUCCCUGAUUCCCAUUUCCAGCCCUUCCGAGAAGGCUACCAUCAAGACACAAUGAGUUUAAAACCGUUCACCUACCCUUUUCCAGAGACAAGGUUCCUUCAUGCAGGACCCAAUGUGUAUAAGUUCAAAAUCAGAUAUGGUGACAGUAUCAGAGAAGAAGAAAUAGAGGACAAGGAAGUCGUCAUCCAGGAGCUGGAGGAUUCUAUCCGUGCAGUCUUGGCAAACAUGGACAGCCUGCAGCCCUUUGUUACAGAACACUUCACUGUAUUUCCCUAUAAAAGCAAGUGGGAGAGAGUUUCCCACCUGAAGUUUAAACACGGAGACAUCAUCUUGACUCCCUACCCAUUUGUUUUCACUCUGUAUGUCGAGAUGAAAUGGUUUACUGGAAACAUGCCUACAGGAAAACCAACAGAUGAUAGUCCUCUUGAGUUGGUCCUAGCUGAGAAGAAAGCAGAAGAAACCACAAUGCGGAAACGAAAACUUGUAGAUGAGCCCAACUCCCCUAGCAGACCAAGACCAUACAGGGCCAAGAUAGAGACUUCUAGUGAAGCCUUCAGUAAUCAGAAGCCCCUGAAGAAAAACCAGAGGGUGGUGAUGGUGCACGCCUUUAAUCCCAGCACUCAGGAGACAGACAGGCGGAUCUCCGUGAGUUUGAGUCUAACCUGGUCUUCAGAACAAGUUCGAGAACAGGCUCCAAAGCUACAGAGAAACCCUGUCUCAAGGGGGAAAAAAAAGAAUUAUUCUUUCAUGCUUUCAUGAAACUAGACCUAGGCCUUCUAAAUCCUUCCUUUCUGUCUAGGGGGUAAGAAUGGUUUUCUUCCUCCCUUUAGCUCUGUAUAGGAAUAUGAGCCUGGGCCUGCCCACUGCAGACCUCCAUCUGAAGUGUUUAUGAGGAAGCUCAUCUCAGGGAGAUCUUCCAUUCUGACUUGAAAGUUAUGCUUAGAAUUGGGAUCAGAGAUGACUUCCUCGGGACUUAUUGCGACUCUGCCUCUCCAUCCACCCUGUACAAAUUCUUCACCAGAAGCACAACCUGAAUAGCAUACAUGCUGCUGUGCACUCAGGUGCACAGGCUAUGCUGGGUGAGGACGAGCCAGCUGGCGGAUAUUCCCAAGAAAUGUAUGCCUGUGUUUCUGACCUUCAGAAUGUUUACUGGAAAUGCAGACCUGGAACCAUGAAGGAAUUUCACCAACAGAUGAAGGAAUUUCUACCAAGCAGUGACACACGGAGAGAUAUAAGAUCGCACUGUAUUAUACUGGCUGUUUAGCUGUCCUGCUUUCACCAUG